CUAUUUGCAUUCUCUUGGAGCGGGCCAGCAUGCUGCAUCAUCCCCCUUAGAUAUCAAAACCAACCUGCAUUCCAGCCCUAGUGUAGAGUAUAUGGAAUCUGAAGAAGGGUCUUUAAAACAAGAGUCCAAAGACAAGAUAGAAAAUCGCAUUCGCACAGGAACCGUAACAACAGCCGGUCGAUAUCUUGAACACUUGUCUAACCCGCAGCUAUCUCAGCCCAAAGAUACGAAUUCAGCGUCUAUUCAGCAAGGCCGAGUGCUUGGAACCAGCAAUACGGAUUUAUCACAGGUGCAAAUGGGCAAGUUUUUAUCUGGAUUCAAACGUUUCAGAAAGACAUACUUUGCCUCGAAUACGGCCUUGUUUGAUUCUCUGAAAAAGGCUCAAAAACCAAAAACUGUGCUUUUAGGAUGCUGUGACUCGCGUGUCGAUCCAGCCAUUUUGACAGACUGCGAUCCAGGCGAUUUAUUUGUUAUUAGAAAUGUGGCAAAUCUGGUUGCUCCAUAUGGGCCAGAUUCGGGAUAUCACGGUGUGGCUUCUGCUCUUGAGUUUGCCGUGCUAGUACUUGGAGUCGAGAAUAUUAUUGUGCUAGGUCAUUCCAAGUGUGGUGGUAUUAGUGCUUUGCUGCGAGGUGUGUCGCCAGAUUUUGAGUUUAUUGCUCCAUGGGUGUCUAUUGCCCAACAAGCCAAAGAAAAGACUUUAAAAUAUUUCGGGGACAGAUCCGAAGAAGAACAGCAGCGUGCAUGUGAACAUGCAUCUAUUUUGCAGACCAUUGAAAAUUUGGUCACAUAUCCAUGGAUUAAGGAUAGACUCCAAGCUGGACAACUUAAUUUGACUGGAUGGUAUUUUGAUUUUGAAAGUGGAGACUUGUUGGGAUAUAAUCCCGAAUCGUUAAACUUUGAACCUCUUGUUCAAGAUGAGCAUCCUGAACGUGCAACUUCAGCUCGCUCAACUCGAGCAUCUGCUGCGUCUACUUCUCCAAUCAAUCGGACGACUUUAACUGCCGAUGAACACGCCAGGUCACCCAUCCUACGACGUCCUUAUGAAAACAUUCGUCCGAAAUCGGAUUGAUUCUUGGUAGAAUGCUUACAGAUGUAUUUUAUCUCAAAAUCCUCCUAUUGUUGUGAUUUGAACUAGCAUUGAUGUGUGGAGAAUGGCUAGGUUCGAGCCGAAUAAACACUUCUUUUGCUACUGACUUG